GGAAGGAGGGUUUACACAAAAGAGGCUGGGAUUUGUUUUAAAACACUCCCUCCCUCCCUCAUCAGCUCCAUUUUUUUCCUUCUUAUUUGUGCACUUGUUCCUUCGGAGACAUCCUCUCUGUUUGUUGUUUUUAGCGGGCGCUGCUGACAGAUAAGAUUGAUCUCGCUUACCUUUACCUGGAAAUAACAGAAAACCUGUCUUCUCGUUCUUUCGGCUUCAUUUCAAUAGCAGCCCUGGGGAGAGUAUUUCUCCCCCAGCCCACAAUGGCCUUUCAGCCAACUUCCUCGGUCCACGCAUGACUGCCCCCCACCCCGACCAAAAAAACCAAAAUCAACCCCUCUCUUCUUACAGCAGCACAAGCCCCAGUAGAAAUUGACAAAUUAGCACAGAUGGAGGAGACCGAUAGCUGGAGAGAUCGGUUGAAGCUCUCCAGUGAGGACUUGACUGAUCCCAUCAACCUCGAAGACUCCCAUUAUACCCUGCUGCAACUCGAGCUUGAAGCCGAUGCCCAGAAUUUGGAGGCAGACUCCUGGAGUCUGACUGUGGAUCAGAACUACCUAAAGAACCUGAGCAAAGAGGAAAUAAAAAGACAAGACAUCAUCUAUGAAUUGAUCAAGACCGAGGUGCACCUCGUGCACACCUUAAAAAUCCUUCUCGGGGUCUUCAUGCACGAGCUGAGGCAGUCCCAGCUGAUAGAAGAGGAUCGGCUGAAGAGGCUCUUCCCGGGCAUCGAAUCCCUACUCGUCAUCCACGAGCACUUCCUCAAAUGCCUCAAAAUGUGCCGAAACCAGAGUCAGGAGGAAGGAAACCCGAUUAACUACCAAAUAUCACAGAUAACAGAUGUCCUCAUCUCUCAGUUUUCAGGUUCAAUAGGAGAUCAGAUGGUGGCUUAUUACGGGAUGUUUUGCGGCCAUCACUUAGAAGCCGACCGCAUCUACAAAGAUCUGAUCCAGAACAACAAGCGGCUGCAGGCCCUCGACAGAAAAAUAGGUCAGCUGCCUCUGGUGCGGAGGUUGGGAAUCUCCGACUGCUUACUGUUGGUGACUCAGCGCAUCACAAAGUAUCCCGUGCUGGUGGAGCGACUCCUACAAAACAUCGACGCCGACACAGACGACCACAGGUCUCUCAGCAAAGCCUUGGAGUGCAUCAAAAACACCAUCGCCCAGGUGAACGCUCAGGUCAAAGACUAUGAGAAAGCCGCUCGUGUGAGAGAGAUCGGUUAUCGUCUGGAUCCAAAAUCUGUGGGGCGGCUGAACGGAGGCGAGGUCAUCCGCAGGGAGGAUCUGAUUCAGGGCAACAGGAAGCUGGUGCAUGAAGGCGCGGUCACCUGGAAGUCAUCUGGUAAACAGAAAGACGUCCAUGCUGUGCUGCUGUCAGAUGUGCUGCUCCUCUUACAAGAGAAAGACCAGAAGUUCGUAUUUGCUGCUGUUGAUAACAAACCUCCAGUCAUCUCCCUUGAAAGACUGAUAGUCAGAGAAGUGGCCAUGGAGGAGAAGGCUAUUUUCCUCAUUUGUGCACGCACCGUCGGCUUGCCGGAGAUGUAUGAGAUCCGCAUGGGCUCUCGAGAGGAGCGCAUCACGUGGGAGGCCAUCAUACGAGAAGCGUUGGAACGUCAUCAGCAAGAGGUGCAGUACAAUGAAAUGAUCACUACUCUGCAAAGGUUUCAAGUUCAUCUUAAGGAGAGGGACGACCGCAUAAAGGAAAGUCUGACAGAGAAGCAGCAGCUCUUUGCUGCUCUCUAUAAACAUGUGACUGGACAGGAAACCCCCUGUGAUGGACUGCCUCUCGUAGGAAGCGCCAACGACCUCCAGCAGCGGGAGAUGCUGUUGAACACAGCCAUCGACGAAGUGGAAAUCCUGCAGAACCUGCUUGCCUUGAAGACAAGCAACACAAACGCUCCCGUGGAUGAGAGUAACGCACGGGGAGGAGUGGCAGAUAGUAAAUCUGCAGCUAGCACUUGGAAAUAUGGCGAAGAAGCUGAUGACCUUGAAAAUUUCAGUCCCCCGACUAUGAGCCACAGCUUUAGUGACCAGCUGCAGCAGCACCACUCCUCCGAAGGCCCAGAACAGUCUGCUGAUGAAGAACCCCACGAUGCCUCGCUGCUACAUUUAACCGAGGCUGAGGUUUAUGACAGGGUGAUAAUGCUCGGGCAGAUGCUCUAUAGCUUAAAAGCAAUCGUUGCUCAACAGGACAGCGAGAACGCGCUGCAGCACGCUUUCCAGUCACAGAACCAGCGGGCUGCUACCUUCAGCAACGCUUUGUAUGAGUACGAGAAGCAGCGCAGCUUGGAAAAGCAGAGGGAGGAACUCAACAGCUUGAGCAAGCAGCAGGCGCAGCUUCGAGAGGAGCAGCAGCACUGGGAGAAGGAGAAGGAGCGGCUCAGGCGCCAGAUGGAGGUUCAGGAGGCUCAGCUGAAGCAGAAGGAGGAGGAGUGCAGGAAGUUUGAGGAGAAGCUCAGCGAGGAGAAGACCGAACUCGACGUGCUGAAAAAAGAAUACCAGCAGGACCUGGAGAGACUGAGGGAGACCACAAGAUCACUGGAAAAAGAAAAGGAGCGGCUGGAACAAGACAAGGAGCGCUUAGAUAAAUUUAAGAAGAAGUUCAUGCCAAGCUACGACGAUCCCACACAGUGUUUGAUGUACUCGUCAUUCAGGGGAAGCACAGUGAACGGAGGCACUCUGACCUCAACGCUACAACUCUACACAAAACCGUUCGAUUCUCUGGAAAUCCCCCCAAAAGUUCCACCGCGCAGGGAGAGCAUCUGCAUACACCCGGCCAAACCCAGUCUGCUCCCCAACCUGGUCAGCACCACCAACCAGGCGCUCAAACCUGUACCCGUGCAGCAGAAGAUCCCCACAAAACUGGCCAAGGAGAAGGACAAAGUCUCCAAGAAGAAAACCCACAAGAGGGCCCAGAGCGCAGCCUCUAUAGACCUGAGCGAGGUGGCGCCCAUCCAGGUGACGGUGAAAGAAGGAGGAAGUCUGAGGUUCCAGAGAAAAACCAGUCCUCAAAGGAUCAUAAAUACAGAUACUUUCAGUCCUCCAGCAUUUGUCCAGAACGUGAAGACGCCUCAGAACCUCAACAGACGGAGGAGCAGCGACACUACUCCACCAGCUCCACCUCCUUUCCCCAAGGACAUUGCCAAACAGAAAAAAGAGAAGGAAAUCUUUCUUUAACCCUAAACUUCAGACCAUCGGGCGAGUCUGGAAUUAUAGACGGAGCUUCAGGAUGACCGUGUGUGUGUGUGUGUGUGUGUGUGUGUGUGUGUGUGUGU